UACAACGUGGACAGGCGGGCAGUCGGGUUUCUGCUGCAGAUGGUCCCUGCUGAGAUACUGGGGGCUGGUGACACGCUAACACCAGCCCAGUGAUAUAGGGGUUGGAUCUGCCCGCUGCUGGAGGUGUGGUCUGCAGGGUCUCCCCCGAGAGAGAGAGAGAGAGAGAAAAAUAAGAGCGGUAAAGGAGCGAGUGAAGAGUCGGAGGGCGAGCAGGGCGGACAGACGGGGACCCGGGCUCAGUUUAAUCUGACCUUUGAAACAGACAAAGAGACGGUCCUAUAUUUUGGUUGCACCUACAAUCAGCGUUCUACAUAAGGAAGAUGUUUGCCAAAGCGACCAGUAAAUUUGUGUCUGAGAUCGACCCCGAUGGCUGUCUGAUCCCUGUGUCCCGCCCAAAUGAGUUGGACAACCUCACUCUCCUGUCUUUGGUCAUCAAGCACAAGAGAUUCUGGUUCUGGCAGCGACCCAAGUACCUACCAACAGAUUUCACCCUCAAUGAUCUUCUGCUUGGAGAAAAGAACAUAGAUCCAGAUAUUAUCGAGACUGAUUUUCUAAAAUAUAACAGCACAUUAGAAAAUACCACCACUGGAGGCGCUGAAGCAGGCUUCGGUUCGAGUAGCAUAAACAUGGCAGGAAAGGGUUCAUCCAAACUAGCCUCCUCGUUUGGGAACCUCAAGAAGCAGGAAGUGGACGUGCGAAAACUGCUAGAUGAAUCUAAAGACAGAGUUCUGGACAUGCAGCACUCUCUGGUCCAACAGACACGUGAGAAGCGACGGGAGGUGUUCGCGCUGGUGAAGGAGCGCAUCGUGACCACGCAGGCCUGCAGCAUUACUGAAGAGGUGCAGGAGGGGGGCAGCUGCGGAGCCUUUCUGGGGCUCCCUUUACCCAAGAAGAUUCAGGUGUCAGUGAAGAAUGGCAGCCACCAGUCUGACAGUAAUGUUUUAGUAGAAAUCCCUGCCAAGGCGGCCCUCGCUUUUUGUGUGAUUGAGCUCAACGUGAAGUCCACAGGUCAUUUUGAGCUGUGCCUGCUGCCAGAUACAUAUGGAGGCUUUGAGGUUGACGGGUCAGAGAAGAAGUGUGAGAACAAGGUCUAUGCAACACCACCUGAACCACCAAACAAGCAGCUACAGAGAGAUUUGGAUAAACUGCAGUCCCAGUUUACCUUACUGUCAGGGCUUCCUGCCAGCAUGCGCUCCAGCCUUUUCCAGCAGCUAACUCUCCUCCUGGAGGACAAAACAGCCAUCAGUGCACUGGACCUUGCAUUAGAGGACUUGUGUAGUGGUAAGGACCCUGACCUCAGCACCCUGGACAAAGCUCCCUCUCUGAAGGCAGCAGUACAGACCACGAUAGAGCUGCUCCAAGGCAGUAAAGGUGCAGAUCAUGCCCCCCUGAAAAGCACCUCGUCUGAAGAACAGCUCGAGCCCACUGCCCUCACUGCCACCCACGUCAUCACCAGUGCCUUAGAGGAGAUGACUGAUUCCACUCUAUCAGCGCUCAAGUCCUGCUCCUCGUCCUCCUCCUUACAGGCACUGCACUCCCUGGUGCAGAAUGUAGUAGAAAACAAGAAGUGUUCCCUAAAGGACAGCAGCCUGGCAGUGUUAGCUGAAGAGAAUACAUACAGCAAAUUUGAAGAGCUCUUUGGCUCCUCCAACAUCACACUGUGUAAAGAGGAAGACACGAUCUGCGCAAAGAUCAGCAGCCAUCAGGGACACAAUAGUCUUAUCCUGUGCAUUGCUAUAUGUGGUCUGGCCUCUUUAGUGACCCCCGUCUGAUCGGGUGACUGUUCAGGACAGACUGACAUUGGAAAAUGCACAUCACACGACCAACAAGAAAUCCUUGUAAAUGUGAAUGUUUUAAAAUAGACCCAUCAGCUCACCUUUCCCCCCAAAAAAUAGGCUAAACAAGUCAUUUCACAAGAAUCGAUCAAAUGUACAGAAAAACAGCCAAUAGCUGUGAAAUCCAGCUUCUAAUUUGUAAUCUGAAUGUUUUGUAAUGGAAUUUAUACACUGAAUUUUAUACUGUAAGAAACUUUUACUAGUUA